AAAGUUCCCACCAAAAAUAUGGAACUGAAAAACCAAACAGCACUUUCAGAGUUUCAUCUGCUUGGACUGACAGACAAUCAUAAACUUCUGCCCCUCAUCUUCACCAUGUUCCUCUCCAUGUAUCUGAUCACAGUUCUUGGAAACCUGCUUAUCAUCAUGGCCAUCAGCUCUGGGUCUCAACUGCACACACCCAUGUACCUCUUCCUCUCUAUUCUGUCCAUUAAUGACAUUUGUUACAGUACAGUCACAAUCCCCAAAAUGCUGGUCAACAUUCAAGCACAGGAUGACAGCAUAAGUUACAAAGAAUGUCUCUCUCAAAUUUGCUUUGUUUCAAUUUUUGGUGGCAUGGAAAAUUUUCUCCUGGCAGUGAUGGCCUAUGACCGCUAUGUGGCCAUUUGCAAACCCUUGAGGUAUACAGUCAUCAUGAACCCUUUUUCCUGUGUCCUGAUGGUUCUAUUCUCCCUUUUCUUUAGUAUUAUGGAUGCCCUACUCCAUAGUCUGAUGGUCCUGAGACUUUCCUUCUGCACAGAAGUAGAAAUCCCCCACUUUUUCUGUGAGCUUGCUCAGAUUAUCAAGCUUGCCUGUUCUGAUACAUAUCUUAAUAAUUUCUUGAUAUUUGUUGCAGCUUUUAUCUUUGGAGGUGGUCCUGUCACUGGAAUUGUUUUUUCAUACAUUUAUAUUAUAUCUUCAGUCUUGAGAAUACCAUCUUCUGGUGGAAGGCACAGAGCCUUUUCUACUUGUGCAUCACAUCUGUCUGUUGUUUCCUUAUUCUAUGGGACAGGUUUUGGUGUGUACAUCAGCUCUGCAGUAACAGAAUCUCUCCAAAACACAGCAAUGGCUUCCAUGAUGUAUAGUGUAGUUCCUCCAUUGCUGAAUCCCUUUAUCUAUAGCCUACGAAAUAGGGAAAUGAAGGAAGCCUUGAGGAAACUUGUUGGUAGAUUCAUCUACCUUCUGUGA